CAAACCGGAAGUACAGAUCCGCACCCACACUCCUGAGCUGCGUUCACAAUCGCAAAUCAACAUCCACAAACGCCUCGACAACAAAAUACUUAUCGCGUUACGGUUCUUAAAAGUAGUGAUUUUUUAAAAAGGAGUUUUAGGAUACAGAUAGUUUUAAUGUAUAUUCGUACGCUGCUGCAAAUAUUUUACUCAUCGCACAACUGAUUUACAACUAGAGUCACGGUUUGAAAUUAGAUUUUUAACUAAGCAUGGCUUCUCGAGGGAAAUCAGAAACUGGAAAAUUGAGGCAAAAUAUGGAGGAGCAACUUGACAGACUGAUGCAGCAGCUUCAAGAUCUGGAGGAAUGCAGAGAGGAACUGGACGAUGAAGAGUAUGAAGAGACAAAAAAAGAAACAUUGGAGCAGUUGAGUGAAUUCAAUGACUCCCUGAAGAAGAUCAUGACGGGAGACAUGACACUUGUGGACGAGCUCAGUGGAAUGCAGCUGGCGACCCAGGCAGCCAUCAGCCAAGCUUUCAAAACGCCAGAGGUGAUCCGACUUUUUGCUAAGAAGCAGCCAGGACAACUGAGAACCAGACUAGCAGAGAUGGACCGAGAUGUAAUAGUGGGGAAACUGUCGCGGGAUGUGUACACGCAGCAGAAAAUGGAAAUCCUCACAGCCUUGAGAAAACUUGGAGAGAAGCUCACUUCAGAGGACGAGACUUUUCUCACUGAAAAUGCUACAGCUACUCUGAGCCAGUUUGAAAAAGUGACUGCAAACUUAGGCUCCGAAGACAAAAUUCUGGCUUUGGCUAGCUCUGGUGUGAAAACCAAGGCAUAGCAAUUCUUCAAAAUACUAAUUUAACUCUGUGUCUUAAAUAUUACCGAGAACGAAAUGUGCCAAUUGAUCGUUGAUUUUGUAAAUAUUCAGUGCACUUCUAUGUGUUACUGUAGAUGCUGACACUUUUUAACAGUAUUGUUUUAUAGCCAUCAACUUUUGUAAAUGUUGUUUUAUUUGUGACGUUGCUUGUGAAGUUGUAUUAAAGGUACGAGCAUGUGAUUUAUGGAAUAUGAAGACAUGUACGUGAAUGUAAAAUGUUGUCCAGGCAGUUCAAGAGAAACACUCUGUUGUGAUUUGUAAUGUAUUUCUUAUUGUGUUGCUAUGUCCCUGUCUUAAAACCUGAAAAUUCCACAUUGUUGUUUUAAGAUAUAUUCUUUUAAAGCAAUCACACAAUAAAUAUAUA